AUGGACCCACACUCCAUAAGUUGUACAUUCAGUAAUCACUUGGAACAGAAAACUGUAGAGUGGUCUACUGCAACAUCUGUGACUGAUUUGAACUUAGACCCGGACCAAGUAACUCAACAGGGCACCUCCAAAACGUCAACUUUACAACUUUCUAGCGCUCAAUUGGUGAAGUUGAAAGCUGCUGGCGGUGAUAACCCAGAGCACAUAUUUACUUGUAAAAUAUUUGCUGACCCUUCAAAAACUCCAGCUAUCGCCACACAGACUGUAAAUAUUUACACUCCAGUCGCAACAAUUGCUCCACCUGCUGUGGAUACAUACUCAGUGGAUAACGCCCACACAAUUACCUGUGUCUUGUCGGAGGUGCACAGCAAAGUAACUGUUAUGUGGACCACCGCUGAACUUAAUCCAUUAACCAAUAUCGAGCAGGGCGAACACUCUGACACAACGCAAACCUCCAAACUUGAACUAUCAACCGACCAGAUCAAAGCACUUAAAGCUGCCAAUGCCCAAGACCCAGCACAUUUGAUCACUUGUAAAAUUACAGUGGGCGAUACUCCCACUGACUAUACAGCAACUCAGACUGUCAACAUCUACACACCAGAUGCGACAAUCAAACCAACCGCCUUAGACGUUUACACUGUGGAUCCUUAUAUAGUCGACUGUGUUUUCACUGAAGUGAUCAAACAGGUCGGGUUAAAGUUUAACAUAGACAUUUUUAGCGCCAUCGCCGCCAACAACGCCUCUUACGAACUUGUUAGAGGGACAGGAAAGCUCAAGACAGCAGGUGGAAAUGAUCCAGCUCAUAUCUUUACCUGUAAAAUUGUUGUGGGAGAUAAAAAUACAGAAUUUACUGCAACUCAAACAAUCAAUAUCUACGAUCCUGUGAAGUACAAGGUUACAGUUUCAAUACUAGAUGGAGCUACCGCUGGAACAGCUGAUGCACAAUACAUCAAAAUCAAGGGAACCAACGGAGAAACUGAUGAGUUGCAAUGCGAUACUGACUUUAAUCUUAAGAUGUCAAUUGAUGAUGAAGAUCAGCCAAACUAUACACCGUUCAAUGCAGAUGGACACGAAACAUUAGAAAACAGUGAGACAAAAGAAUUUUGUAUCGGAAAACUGGCCCUGUCAAGUACUCAGCUGACUGCCUUAAAGGAUGUAGCUGAUACUGUAACAUUUACAUGUUCCAUCAUUGUUGGAGAUAACAAUAAGAAAGUUUAUGCAACCCAAACCAUCAACUUGUUUACUCCAAGUGUUAAAAUAACCCCGACAACAACGACUGUUUAUACAGUAGACGAUCACACUAUCAGUUGUGUGAUUGAUGGAACUAAAACUGUUGUCAGUGGAGUUGCUUGGUCAACCUCCACAGCAACAAGUCUUUCCUUUGAUGGACAAGAUGGCAAUCGUGACGCUCAAGGUUCACAAACAUCAACACUUGCACUAUCAAGUGCACAACUUGCAACAGUCAAGUCCGCUGGAGGGAGUGAUCCUGCCCACACAUUUACCUGUAAGAUCACUUUCGGUACCGCAGAAUUUACAGCCACACAGACUAUCAGUAUCUACAAUCCAGCUGUUGCCAUUUCACCCUCAACUGAUAUUGUGUACUCAAUGGACUCUCAUUCGAUAGACUGUGUACUUAGUGACAUUCCAAGCCAAGUAGCUAAUGUGGCAUGGAAUACCGCUACAAAUGCUGCGAACUUGGAUUUAAAUCCUCAAGACGGAGUAAUCCAGGGAUCCGCCCAAACCUCAACAUUAUCCCUUUCAAGUGCUCAAUUAGUAAAGCUGAAGGCAGAAGGUGGUAACAAUCUAAAUCACAUCUUCACGUGUAAAAUAACCGUAGGAGUUUCAAAGACAGAAGUGACAGCGACACAAACUGUCAGUAUUUACACCCCAGGUGUUGCAAUCUCACCUACUUCCCUCAACUUUAUCUCUCUGGAUACACACACCAUUAAUUGCAUCAUAAGCGAUAUCAAUGCUCAAAUAAAUAAAGUCGAAUGGACAACUACAACUAAAGUCCAAGACCUAGGACUAAGUCCUCAAGAUGGAGUUAUCCAAGGAACAACACAAACGUCCACAUUAGCUCUCUCCAGUGCUCAAUUGACCAAGCUGAAGAGUGCCGGUGGAGGUAACCGUGAGCACAUUUUCACCUGCAGGAUUGCAGUAGGGGACUCUAGCACACUUGUCAUGGCAACACAAUCUAUAAACAUUUAUACUCCAGCUGUCGCCGUUUCACCCUCAACUGAAAUAGUGUACACGAUGGAUUCUCAUUCUAUCAACUGUGUAUUGAGUGACAUCCCAAGUCAGAUAACAGAUGUAAAAUGGAAUACAAAAUAUGAUGCGAACCUCGAUUUAAAACCUAAAGACGGAGUAAUCAAGGGAACUACUCAAACCUCAACAUUAUCCCUUUCAAGUGCUCAAUUAGUAAAAUUAAAAGCAGCUGGUGGUGAGAAUCCAGGUCACAUCUUCACGUGUGAAAUCAAAGUUGGAACUAAAGCAUUUACUGUGGGAGCAGAACAAACAAUUAAUAUCUACACCCCAGUGGCUGCGAUCGUUCCUCAAACUGAUAAUGUGUACUCCAUGGACUCCCACAAAAUCAGCUGUGUUCUAAGUGACAUCCCGAGUCAAGUCAGCGGUGUGGAAUGGGUAACGGACUCAAAUACAGCCAAUGUUUACAGCGCUGAAGAUGGAACUAUCGCAGGAACGUCCCAAACUUCAUCAUUAUCCCUCUCAAGCACCCAGCUGACUAAUUUAAAAAGAAACGGAGACAUUACCACUUUUACUUGUACGAUAUUAGUUGGUGAUCAGAAAACUGCAGUGUCAGCAACCCAUGCCCUUACUGUAUUUGCUCCAAGUGCUGCUAUCUCGCCCAAAUUGGUAGAUCUGGUCACUGGAAGCUCACACGUUAUCAGUUGUGUGUUAACUGACUUGAAGAGUCAACUCAGCACCGUACAAUGGUCCACAACUUCCAACACCAAUAAUGUGUAUAGUGCUACAGAAGGAGCUUUCUCUGCAAAAUCUCAAACGUCUACUCUGAGUUUAUCAAGCGAACAGAUAGCUGCUCUGAGAAGUGUCGGCGCUUCUCACACCCUUACUUGUGCGACUACUGUGGGAGAUACGAAAUCAACUAUUACAGCUACACAGACUAUCAAUAUAUCCUACAAAGUGACCGAUAAUAUGGCCCCCGAGAGGAUUCUAAUUGGUGAAACUUCCACAAUAACCUGCAAAGUUGGACCUACACCUUUCACGAUUACCUCUCUGACUAUGAGCAUUGGCGACAAAUCUAUUGGAGUGGAUAAUACACCCACAGUUAUGAAGGGGACUGCUGCCCCAGGUAGUACAACGAACUAUUGCCCUUCAAGCCACCCAUAUGCUUUUAAAAGCGGGGCCGACUGCUGUGCCCACCCGGCUGAAGACAAUAAUGGAGGUGUUGCUACUUGUGACGGAGGUCCCAUAGGUCUAAUGCCAGAGGCUCAAGUCUUUUCAAGCACAGAAUUCACGGUGCGUGGAAGUGAGGAAAUCGAUAACAAGGAUGUCAAAUGCACUUACACAGUUAAGGACUACGGAUACACGGAGUCAACGAAAACCGUCAAAUCGUAUUUAACUGGCAUCAAAUCACACAAAUUGGACUAUCCUGGAAACUACUUUGAAAGUGACGCAGAAGGUGGUGAAUUCACUGAAGAUGCGAUUCUCUUUAUUGAGGUGUACGUUGCAGAUGGCGUUGAUAAGAUAGAUGCUAGCUGGACGGACGACCAGGCAGCAACAGUACCUUGGUCCAACACAUGGGUUAAGAGUGGUGUCCAAACUGGUAUCACGCAAAUGUAUAGCUCAGAUGUUCCCGAAGCUUUGAAGAAAGUUGGAACCAUAACUGUGAGCGCUGAGUAUGCUCAAACAGCUAAAGCAGAUUUCCAAUUCAUAUUACCAGUGAAAGGUAUGAAAAUAGCAAAGCAGUAA